AAGAAUUGAAAAAAUCAAAUUAUUAUUUGGCACAACCAAUUAUUGGAUUUCUUUUUUCUUUUUUCUUUUUUUUUUUUAUAAAUACAAUAACUUCUUGAUCCAAAAGGUCACAACUUGAAGGGCGAAAGAAGAAAAAAUCGAAAAUGGAGAAAGAUGAAUCGUUGGCAACUGUAGCACCCAAAGCACCAGUAACUAGUGAAAGAAAGAUUCUAGAUAACUUGGACGAAAAAUUACCAAAGCCCUAUUUGGCAAGAGCACUGGUAGCACCUGACGUGGAACAUCCAAAAGGAACGGAAGGACGUGUGAACAAUGGAAUGAGUGUACUUCAACAGCAUGUUGCCUUCUUUGAUCGAGAUAACGAUGGAAUUAUUUAUCCCUGGGACACUUACAAUGGUUUGCGAGAUAUUGGUUUCGGUCCAAUAUCCUCUUUUAUUUUAGGAGUUCUAAUCAAUGGAGCAAUGAGUUAUCCUACUCUGCCUGGGUGGAUACCAAAUAUUUUAUUACCCAUAUACAUAGACAGAAUACAUAAAGCGAAGCAUGGGAGUGAUUCAGCAACAUUUGACACUGAAGGAAGGUUUAUGCCAGUGAACCUGGAGAACGUGUUCACCAAGUAUGCUCGCACAGAGCCCGGCAAGUUAACAUUCUUCGAGGUGUUGCGAUUGACUGAGGAAAAUCGGGUGCCUUUUGACUUCUUGGGAUGGAUUUUGGCCAAGGCAGAAUGGUUGAUUUUGUAUUCGCUUGCCAGGGAUGACGAGGGGUUUCUAUCUAAAGAAGCAGCUAGAACGUGUUGUGAAGGGAGCUUGUUUGAGCAGUAUGCCAAAAUGAACAAGGGUGGUGACAAAAAGCAUAAAUGAAAUAAGGCAUAAUGACUUUUUUGACCCCUCAACUUUAUAAAAUAAUCAUUUUAGCUCUUUAUUUAUUUUUUUUCGCUUUUUUAACCUUAGAGUUUGUAUUUUUUUGCCACAUUACCCUAAAAUGAAUGGAAAAUUUAAUAUUUGUUAACUUUGCUGGCGUGGUAUACACAUGGAUAGCCAUGUGAGUGGCAUGUCAACAUUUAAUUAAAUUUUAAUAAUUUACAAGUAUUAUAAUUUUACAGGUUUUUAAUGAUUUUUAUGAUUUUUAAAAUAAUUUUUAAAAUUUUUUUAAAUUAAAAAAUUAAUUAAAUGUUGAUGUGUCAUUCACAUGGCAAUUCAUGCAAUGUUAAGAAAUGUCAAUUUUUCAUUCAUUUUGAGGUGAUUUAAUAAAAACACAAAUUUAAAAAUUAAAAAGAUGAAAAAUUAAAAGGAAAGUUAAAAUAAAUUUUUAUAAUAUUAGAGGAUCAACUAAGUCAUUAUGCCAAUAUCAAUGAUUUCGGUUGCUAAAAUAAAAUAUGUUUAUACUCUCGUAAUGAAAAUAAAACAUUUGUAUUUUUAUGUAAGGCAUAAUCAUUUACAUUAUGACAGAUUAGGUU